AAACCUCACAGAAGAAAGGGAGAGAAAAAAUACAGCUGUGAUGAGUGUGGGAAGAAUUUUACCCAUCUUGGAAACUUUAAAGCACACCAACUCGUCCACAGUGGAGAUAAACCAUACAGAUGUGACUUGUGUGGAAAACGUUUUACCCAGAAAGGACACCUAAAAUCACACCAAGUCAUUCACAGUGGAGUUAAACCAUACAGCUGUGAGUUGUGUGGAAAGUCUUAUACCCAUCCUGGAAGGUUAAAAACACACAAACUCAUCCACAGUGAAGAGAAAGCGUACAGCUGUGAGAUGUGUGGUAAAGCUUUUACUUGCAGUGGUAACUUACAGCGUCAUCAAGUUGCUCACUUUGGAAUUAAGGCGUACAACUGUGAUCAGUGUGGAAAAACUUUUGCUUGUAGUGGCCGCUUACAACGUCAUCAAUUUACCCACUCUGGAAUCAAGGCAUACAGCUGUGAUCAGUGUGGAAAAACUUUUUCUUGCAGUAGCCACUUACAACGUCAUCAAGUUACUCACUCUGGAUUUAAAGCAUACAGCUGCGACUUGUGUGGAAAGUCUUUUAAUGAUCCUGGAAACUUGAAAAAACACCAACUCAUCCACAGUGGAGUUAAAUCGUACAUGUGUGAGUUGUGUGGAAAGUCUUUUACCCAGGCUGGAAACUUAAAAAGACACCAAGUCAUCCACAGUGGAGUUAAACCAUACAGCUGUGAGUUGUGUGGUAAAGCUUUUAGUUGCAGUAGCACCUUAAGACAUCAUCAAGUUACUCACUCUGGAAUCAAGGCGUACAGCUGUGAUCAGUGUGGUAAAGCUUUUGCUUUCAGUAGCACCUUACGACAUCAUCAAGUUACUCACUCUGGAAUUAAGGCGUACAGCUGUGGCAUUUGUGGAAAAACUUUCAGGACGCUAGGUUACCGCAAUAUUCACGUACGGAUUCACACCAGACAUGAUGUUUACUCCUGUGAUCUGUGUGGCAAACUGUUUACAACAUAUCCACACUUGCAACGCCACAAACUUACCCACACUGAGGAGAGACCUUAUAAAUGCGACCUGUGUGAAAAGGCUUUUAAAGAGCCACGUUUCCUGAGAUUUCACCGUCAGAUCCACACAGAAAGAGACUAUAAGUGCAGUUACUGUGAGGUAUGUAUUUAUAUUUGCACUGUUGCCGCUAUUUUGAAGUAUUACGUGAAUGAAGUUUAA